AUGGACGACGUGGGUGUCGUGCCGGCGCUGGCGCUUCCGCCGCCGCUCGAGCGCGGCCUGGCGCUGCUGUCGCCGGAGAAAGAGCCUGUGUUUGAUGUAGACGCAUUCCUGUGCUCGCGCACGUACGGACAGGACGUGCAGACGAUCCUCAAAGAGCUCCGCACCUACAGCCAUACGCUGCAGGAGCGGCUCGUGCAGGUGAUCCACGACAAGUACCGUGACUUUGUGGCGCUUGCGACAAUGCUGAAUGUCGACGCCGGGCGCAUCAAGGCGCUCGGCGGUGAUACGGACAUGGAAAAAGCACGCGGCGUGCUCCAGGAGCUGCGGGCGGCGCUUGGGGGAAUCCAGGACGAGCUGGAGCGCGAGCGCGAGGCCAGCGCGCAGGCGCGCAUCGACAAGCGCAAUCUCACUGCAUUGCUCGAUAUCGACGCAGGCCUUGACCGCGUGCAGGCGGCGCUCCGUGGAACACACGUCCCGAUCGCCGACGCGGCCCUCGACGAGGUGCUCGGCAAGGGGACAGAGAGCAACGAGACAGACGUGCCCGAGCCGACAAGCGACGCGCCGCUUGUGGACCGCAUGCGCGAGGCACUGCGCGAGUACUUGUGCGUCGCCGACCUGCUCGACAAGGUCGAUACCGAGACCUAUGCGGCGUUUCUUGCCGCACUCCAACCGCGUGUGCACGCCGCGCGCCGCGCGCUCGGCACCGAGAGCGAGACGCUCCUUCAGGACGCACUACAUACCCUGCUCCAUGAUACCACCGACGCCGAGGGGCUCAGCGCACUGGACCUCGGCCUGCAGACAAGCCGCGCGCUCGACGCAAGCGCGACGCAUGCGGCGCUCGUACAGAUGGAGCGCGGCCUCGUCGCCCCGCUCCUCUCCCGAGGCCAUACAGAAAACGUGCUGAGCGCCGACGUCUAUGCGGACGAAGCCGAGCGCGCACAGCUGCAUACUCUCACGGGCCUCAUGUUUGGCGACGCGGCCGACUGCGCCGCCGCCGCGCCGCUCCUGCGGGUGCUUGAUGGGAUCCUGCAGACCGCACAGAGCCUAAAAAGCGUGAGCCGCAUCUCCGAGCGCGUUGGUGGCGGCGCCCUCGACGUAUUCAACGAUGUCCUCUGGCGCACGGCCUCGGGCAAGCUUAUGGAUGAGCACGGAGGCACGCUCUUCUUUGUCGGCCGCCCCGACGCGUUCCACCGCAACUAUACGCUCGUGCAGCAUUUUCUCGAGGCGCUUGUGCGUGCUGCGCCGUCGAAGCGCGCCGCGGCUGCGUUUCGCGCGCACGAAGCGACGAAAGCGCUCGAGCGGCGCUGGCAGCUCAGUGCCUUUUUCCAUCUACGUGCGCGCGAGACGGUCACCGACCUGGAAGCAGCGCUACGGACGCCCGCGCCGGCCGCUGGCUUUGUGCACGGUGGCUUUGCGCACCUCUUGCACGCCUUUUUGCAGCCGUGGCGCAAGACACGGCAUGUCCCUGUGCUCGCCGCGCGCGAGUGGCGCCUGAGCCUGCAUAUCCUCAGCCGGUACGCGACGUGGCUCGCGUCGGUCACCCCCGCGGCGUCCGAAAGCGAUACGCCCUCGCGCAGCGUGACGCCCAACGCCCCGAGCGACGACGGGAUGACGCCAGAAGAGGUGCGGCAUUUGCAGAGCCAAGCGGCGCUCCUCUCGGACGCGCGGCUCUUUGAAGAGCGCGUGCGCACGUCCUUCCGUGCGUUUAUCCUGCCCAAGAUCCUCGGCGAGCACGAGGCGGAGGCGGUGCGUGCGGCCGUGUCUGAUGCGCUCGACGCGUCGCUCGGGCAUGCCGAGCCGCUUGCGCCCCGCAUCGGGCGUGUGGUCGUUGCGGCGCUGCAGCGCAAGUGUGCCGAGCCGCUCCGGCACGUCCGUGCGGCCAGCUCGCAGUUCCGUGCGCUGGCCGCGAAGCAAGGUGCGCCACAAGCGAGCGCGUUUAUCCCCCAGAUCUUUUUGCCCCUGCGCCAGUUUCUUGGCGACGGCGCUGUGGCCAAGGAUGUGCGGCAGGCGUGGGCGAGCGAGGUGAUCGACAGCACGCUGGCGCGGUACACUUCGGCCGUGCAGACCAUUACGCGGAACCUCGAGUCGCUGCGCCGGCUAAAGCGCGGCACGCCUGCGCUCCAAGACGAGGGCGGGGAUUCGGGUGUCUAUGCCCAGCUACGUGCGGAUAUUGCGGCGCUACGUGCGGAUGUUGCGGCGCUCGAAAAAGAAGGCGACAUUGUGGUAGAGAGCGGUGCGUGGGCGAGUCUCGAGGCGAGUGUCGCCGAGGCGUAG